AUGCACGUAAAGAAUUUAAUGGCCUUCAACUCUGCACAACAACAUCUCCGAAGAUAUUAUUCUGUCAAGCUGUUCGGAGAGAGUAAAAAAACAAUACCUGUUUGGUUUCCACUCUACAGAAUGAUUUAUAAAUUACAUCAGGCAUGUUAUCCUCCUUCCCAACGCAAGGAAACAAAUAACAUGAUGAGAGAAAUAUUUAAAGAUUAUAUUGCGAGAUAUAAUUCCAAAUCAAUAACGUUGGAAGAGAAAGAAUUAUUAUUAGAGGACGCUAAAGAAAGCGUAAUAUCUUACAUGGAAAAUUUAAGAAAGAUGUCAAACGAUGGAGGUGAACAAAUUGAGUUGCAUUCCCCACAAUUUUGGGAAAGACUUUAUUCAAAACUUUAUUCAGAAUACACAGAAAAGAAGAAAUCAAAUCCACAAUUGAAAAUUUCUGAUUUCAUUGAAAAUGACAAAUACCUCAAUAGAGAUUGGUAUGGGCCAUUUAGUGUGGUGAAACCUCAUUUACAACCUCUUUUGAAGUCACUUAAGAAGAAUUCACAAAUUUUAAUCUUGGGAAAUGGAAUUUCAAGACUUCCCUUCGAAAUUUACAAAAUGGGUUUUACGAACAUUGUGUGCACAGACAUUGCAGAGCAAGUCGGUAACAUGAUGAGACAAUAUUCGAGCGAGGUACUUGGAGAAGACAACUCGAUCCAAUUCGUGACAAUGGAUAUUAAAAACAUGGAAUCAUUGAAAGAGAGUUCUUUUGAUUUGGUCAUUGAUAAGGCAGUUCUUGACUCGUUGUACAUGGAAGAAGAUGAAGCUGCCUAUCUAGAAGGAGAACUUGAUAAGGGAGUACAAAAUGUGAAAGUUGUUCAAAAGCAAGUACUCCGAUUGUUGAAACCAACAUGUAAAUGGAUUGUAUUUAGCCAAUAUGAUUAUUCAUUAGAACCUGAAACAGAGGAAGAGCGAGAACAAGAAUUGUUAUUAGCUUUUGAUACUAGUCAAUGCAAAUCUGUAGAUGUCUCUGUAGAUUCCGAAGUAGGCAUGUACAUUUAUACCCUCACCAAAUAA